GACAGUUCAAUAACAUGAUCAAAACGUCGUGCUUGAACAAUAAUGUAUAAAUAUAAUCACAAAAAUAAGUAUAUCGUCAUUAGGGCUGCCACUGCUUGUCUACCGGCCUCGGUUUGAAACGCCGGGUACCAUGUGAUCGUCCAUAUUGGAAACAUGGCUUCUGAUAAAGAUGAUUCAAAAGAGGAUUUGCAAGCAUCAAAAGAUAGUGAGGAGCAAAAAGGAGCUGAAGGAGACGGGUGUGAGUCCCCUGAACUGUUGAUAAAACACCCACUUCAAAACAAGUGGUCUCUCUGGUUUUUCAAGAACGACAGGACGCGAGACUGGGCCGACAACCUGCGUUGCAUUACUUCAUUUGACACAGUUGAAGAUUUUUGGGCUUUGUAUAAUCAUAUUCAGAGAGCGAGUAAGUUACCAUCUGGCUGUGAUUACUCACUGUUUAAGGAAGGCAUUCAACCUAUGUGGGAAGACGACAGAAAUCGGAUUGGUGGAAGAUGGUUAGUCAAUUUGAACAGACAACAGAGGGCAUCCGAUUUAGACAACUUUUGGUUAGAAACAUUGUUAUGUUUAAUUGGUGAAGCGUUUGACGAACAGAGUGAUGAGAUUUGUGGUGCUGUGGUCAACAUUAGAGCAAAGGGAGAUAAACUUGGUUUAUGGACAAGAGAUGCAACAAGAGGAGAUGCAUGCACAAAAAUUGGGAAAAAAUUGAAAGAAAGAUUAAAUAUACCACAGAAAGUCUCUAUAGCUUUCCAGGCACACUCAGACACAAUAUCAAAAACCGGAUCUACGGCAAAGAAUCGCUACACAGUCUGACCCCCCUUAGGCAUUUGUGACUGAUGAUAUGUGUGUUUGGUGCUGGCAUGAAUGAAGAAUGUCUGUGCUUCACUUGUCAAUUUCCUUUAUUACAUGCUCAUUGGACAGUGCGAUGUGCUGUUAUGUUCCUCUGGGAUCUGGUCAACCCGGAAGCAUUUCUUUAAAACUAAUUCUAGGAAUGCGUUUGUUUUGUUUUUCGUUACUGUUCUGUUGAUGCAGCUGAUUAUAUUAUCUUAUUAGAAAUGAGAACCACAACUUUCUUGUGGAAAAUAUUACGGAAAGAAAAAGGCUGGUGACUUUUAAAUCAAUUUAUGCCAAUUCCAUUUUAGUUGAAAAAAAAAGUAGAUUUAAUAAUUUUUAAUUAACAUUUUUUGCUUACAUUUGAAAGUUAUUAUUUUUAUAAUUUCUGUAUCAACACUACAUAUACGAAAUAUUUAUUUUCAACAGAAUUCUUUUCAUAUGGUCUGUAUAACAAAUUAGUAUUACAUGUUGACUGCAAAAUAGGGGGGUUCGUCUUUGUUUGGAUGAAGAGUUGGACCAAUGAGAAACUAUUACCCUUCAAGGAGAAUUGGUAUUCGGUACCAAAAGGAUUUCAGUUAGAAUCUUAAAUACAAUAAACAUUACAGGUACUUGUCAUAUAUUAUUAAUUUUAAACAUGCUUUUGCAAAUUAGAAUUGAAAAUGUGUAAAUACUGGUAGACAAUUCUCAUGUUAAUACAUGAUUUAUGUUGUCAUACUUGUUUGAUGUGUGUCAGUGCUUAAGUUAACUGGAUGCUGAAAUACCCACAAAGAUUGGCUUGCUCUCACUGUAUAUUAUUCUCUGCUCGAUGGCAGAAAAGAGGGCAUAAUAAUACCACUAUUUGCAUGUGAGUGUGUGUGUUUGGUUUCUAUGCAUUUCAAGCAGACUCGUUCAGUUAAUUGACCUAAACCUCUACCAUAGAACCCUUGUACAGAGAUGGUACUCCAGAUUGCUUUCUGCAGAUUCCUGUUGAAUGUUGAAAUUGAAAAGUUGUAUCCAUGAAUUCACAAACAUUUCAGCUUAAACAUUUGUAAAACUGCUUGGACUGUCAUGCCAAAAUACACAGUAUUGCUUUUCACAUUGAAGGUCACAUAUUAAAACACAACAAUUGAUGGGGUUGAGGGUUAUUGGGAUAAAUAGAGAUGUCAUAAAGUAAUAAAAAAAAGGCUAGAAAAUGUAGUUUCUGCACAUUUUGCAUGUAACAUACUGUAAAUCCUUGAAUAGUAGGCUAACCGUCUAUUUUUUUUUGGUGACGAUCUGAAACAAGCUUCUAAAAUAUUCUUAUUGUAAGGUCAUAGUCUAAUGUAGGCUUCAGAUUUUGUGUUUGUACAUAUGGAAACUUCUUUAUCUCACUGAGAAAUGAAAAACCCUUCUGUCCUUUUCUCAUCUUGUGGUUGUAAUCGUUUGACCUUGAACGUGGUCAUUAACUAUCAAAGCUACAAUAGCAGAAGUUGGCCUUUAUAGAAGAAAGGCUUCUAUUCAAGGCAGGCCUCUAUUUUUUUCUCGACUCUACGAGACCGGACCUUUAAAUGACGCAGACUUCUAUUCAAGGCAGGCGUCUAUUCAAGGAUUUAUGGUAUUUUUAAUUUGUUGAGAAAACCUGGAUUAGGAAUCUCAUUAUUAUAUAACUUUUGGCAAUUUACUUUUAUUUUUAAAAUACCAGCAGCAAAAUAGUUCCGGCUUUCUUACAGUGAAGAUGACAAGUUUUAGAGUGAAAUAGUGAAAUUUUCACUCUAAAAUGUGUUAUCGUCACUGGGUGACUGAUAACACUUUUAUUUCACUGAUAUUUUAAGAUAUUUCAAUAAAUGUUAUAUAAUAAAACAAACAAAUAAUCGAAUCAAAAAAAAAAUCUUGAUUAGAUUCAAACUCCAGAUUAAACUAGUGAAAAAAUACAGAUACUACUAUUCAUAAUUACUAUUGGGAAUUAUCACUCUGUGAGUGGAUUUGGGAAGGGUUUUCUCCUUUUUAUUAUUAUUUUAAUUGUUAUUUUAAAGUUAAAUGUAAUUUUUGUUUAUGUGUGCCACUGAUGUAACUAAUGAUGUACUAGUGUAAUAAGUGGUGACCCAUUUCGCUUCACUACAUUUAAAAGCAAAAUGUAAUCCAUUUCAUGCAUCUGAUCUGUCUGCCAAUCUCAUGGUUUCUUUACAUUUGUUAUUUUUAACUGAUGUAAGGGAUACCCCCAUAACAGUAGUACCCCCACUUUAGAUAACAGUAGUAUUCUCACUUUACAUAACAGUAGUACCUUUGAUGAUGGUAAAUUUUACUUUUGGGUGUUCAGAUUUAAUUAGGUUGAAGUCUUAUCAUUGCAGGAUAUCAUUGGUCUAAAUAAUGAGUUGUAUGUUUAUCAACUUCUUCGUAAAGUCCAUUGGCUGUAAAUAGGGCACUUUAGCAAGUUUACAGCAAGGUAUCACAAGACUAAAUAUUUUGACAUGUACAAUGUGUUUCAUUUUUGCAGUUAAUGUCUAUUAAAGUGAACACAUUUCACGUUGGCAACAGUUUUGGAUUGUUGGGUGCACCACUAGCCUUAAUAUUUAUGGAAUUAUGGCCCUUGUCAUUUCAAGCAACCCCAAAACUAUAACCUGUUUAACGUUUGUGGGUGUUAUAUAUAUAUUGUGGACAAGAACCAUAAUUCUUUGAAUUUACUUGUUUUCUUUUGAUUUGUACAGUUGAUGCUUCUAUCAGUUUAAAUUGAAUCGAGUGAUUUCUCAUUAAAAGAACAUCCUAAA